AUGGCAUGUUCUGCAGUGAGUUUAUCUGUGGCCACCGUGUGUGCAGUGGUGGCAAUCACAUGUACUGCUAUUGCAUUUGGCACUGACAACUGGUACGAAGUCCGGGUGAAUCCCGAUGGUAAUGAAAGGUUAUCGAGUCUCCAGGAAUUUGAAUCUGAUCUACGGUACUACAGUAGAGACGAAGGAAUUUUUAGAAUUUGUUUCCCGGAUAAAAGACCGAAAGGAGUUCGCACCUACAUGUCUCCAGUGCAAACGCAGUGUCUCAAUAUCGACUACUACAUCAAUGAUAACGGAAUAUCCGAUACGUUCACGGACCAGCGGUGGAUGCGUUUACACAUGGCACGUUCUGUCGUGGCUCUUUUCAUCGUUUCAUUCCUAUUUUCCACUCUAUCGGCCUUCCCUGGAUUGGUCGGAUGUUGGAGAAGAUCGCACAGCAAUAUAAUCGCCACCGGAUUGCUGCAAUUACUUGCAGGUCUCGUCGUGGCAUCAGCCAUUGCUCUCUGGCAUGCUAUACCUCAUUACGAGUAUGAAAAGCUUAACUUUCCAGAGAUGAGUUUCAGCCGUUGGCCCGAAGUUUUGCAAAUCUACAGCAGGAGCUACUACGGAUGGUCUUACGUACUUGCGUGGCUUGGUGUGGCUUUAACGUUGUCGUCUUCCUUUAUGUUCCUUUGUGGAGCCCAGUGCCUAAGGAAGGAAAAGCAAAAAGAAAAAGCUCAUGGCACAGCCUACCUGGUACCCAUAUACGCGGGACCAUAUCACUGCCCAUAUUCUUAUUGAUUUUGUCAAACACAAUAAUUGGAAUGUUGAGGUUCACUGUCCAAGCUCUUAUUAGUUAUACAAGUAGCAAUAAGUGGACUCUGAGUUAAGGCAACAACAAAUAUUGGCUUUAAAGACAUUCAAAAUUUGCCAUGUGAAGCAUGCUGUAAAGCAAUAAGUGGACUCUGAGUUAAAGUCAACAAUAAAUAUUGGCUUUAAAGACAUUUAAAAAUUUGGCAUGUGAAGCAUGCUGUAAAGCAAUAAGUGGACUCUGAGUUAAAGCCAACAACAAAUAUUGGCUUUAAAGACAUUCAACAAUUUGCCAUGUGAAGCAUGCUGCAAAGCAAUAAGUGAACUCUGAGUUAAAGCCAACAAUAAAUAUUGACUUUAAAGACAUUUAAAAAUUUGGCAUGUAAAACAUGCUGUAAAACUCAGCUGAAAGGUUAUUCCUGCAUUAUUUACGUGAAUAGACUGACUUUUGUAAAGCAAUUGACAGUUGCAAAUUUGCUGUAAAGAUUUUCUGUGAAAAUGUUUGAAAGACUAAAAAAGUGCUGUAUUGCGAGAAUUGUUAAGAAAAGACAAAGACAAAAUUAAAAGAAUCUUCUCAUUGCAAGUGGUAUGUGGAAAAUUUCGAAUGACUGAAUUGAAACGUUGUUCAUACAGAAUGCGUAGAGAAAUUCGAAAUGCACAACUAAAAGCCAGUUCAGAGUUUUUUCUGUGAAUGGAAGAAAGUCAAAGAGGUCAACGAAAGGUUUAAUCUAUGUUAGAAUUUAUUUCAGUUAUGAAGAAAGUAAUUUCAUCAUUUUCAGAAGUAAUCAUGAAAAACUUUUCAUGAAACUUUUCGAGCGAUGCAUUCUAAAGAAGUAAAUAUGUUCACAAGGAGUUGAUAAUGAUUAAAGCGAUGCAGUUGGAACUAUUGUACUCAUUUUUAAGCACAUACAGUUUCUCUCGCUCUCUCUCUUUCUGUUUUUUUUUUUUUUUUUUUUUUUUGAAGUUACUAAGUUGCUAUCACAAAAAUGUUUCAAAUAAUAUCGUUUUUAUGAUGUUGUUUUCCCAUUUCUGUUGUUAGCUGAUAUAUUGAUCUAAGACAUAAUCAAGUUGAGGAUUGUUGAGGCAUGAAGUUCAUGUUAAACAAAACAUUCUUACUUAUUACUUGUCCAAACUCAGAAAAAAAAACAACAUCUUAUUAAUUAACUGAGUUGUUAAAAAAAAUGCUCACGUGAAGUAUUUCAGUGUUGUUUAUUAUUUUUAUCAAGCAACUGAAAAAACAAGAAAAUAGUUUGAGGCUCUUUACUGAAGUAUGAUGUCAACCCGCCUCUUCGUCAGGGGAACUUUAUUUGACAUUUAACCAAUAAGCCAAUGUGAAAAAUUCAUGUAUUUGUCUUGUUAAUAGUUAACUGACAAAAGUGAAGUUGCAUUUAUUUUCAAUUCAGGUAUUUAUUGUUUUAUCUGAUAUUUCGAGUUACGUAUACGCA